AUGAAUUACAAGAAAUUCAGAAAAAUUAAAGACGACGAUGCUGAAAAAAAACAGUUUAAUAAGAAAAUAGCUGAAAAAGCCAGCAGAAAAGUUUUAACAAAGAAACAAAAAGCAAAGCUUUCUCAGAAAAAUGCUAAUCAGAAUAACAAUGCCGAGUUACAACAAGCUAACGAAGCUGUGUCACAAGCUAACUUCUUAAGAUCUCCUAUUUGUUGUAUCCUUGGUCAUGUUGAUACUGGUAAAACCAAGCUGUUAGACAAAAUGCGCGGCACAAAUAUUCAGCAAGGAGAAUGUGGAGGUAUUACCCAACAAAUUGGAGCGACUUAUUUUCCUGCAGAAACACUGAAAGAUCAAUGCAGUAAGGUCGAUUCUAAGUUCGAAGUCAAGAUUCCAGGGCUUAUCAUAAUCGAUACGCCGGGCCACGAAUCUUUCACCAAUUUACGUCGACGAGGUUCAAGCCUUUGUGAUAUCGCUAUUCUAGUUGUUGACAUCACAAAAGGUAUCGAACAACAAACGAUAGAAGCGCUGGAAUUGCUAAUAAAUAAGAAAUGUCCUUUUAUUGUUGCUUUAAACAAAAUAGAUAGAUGUUUUGGGUGGAAAUCACAAGAAUUCGAACCUUUUGUACGAGCAAUCAAAAAUCAAAAGAAAAAUACCGUUGACGAUUUCAGGUCCAAAGCUCAACAUUGUAUGAUUGAGCUAUGUAAAAAAGCCAUGUUAACAUUUACUUUAUUCACAGAAAAUACUAACUCUAAAAAACAAAUUAAUUUAGUCCCUACUAGCGCUGUUACCGGCCAAGGAAUUCCAGAUUUACUCUACUUAAUGGUUAAAUUAACUCAAGGGUAUAUGAGUAACAGAAUAACUCUCGAAAUGGAAACAGUGACUGCGACUAUUCUUGACGUUAAAAACACUGUGGGGCUUGGCUCAACAAUAGAUGUUCUGUUGAUUGGUGGAGUUUUACGUAAAGGUGAUACGUUUGUUGCAGCAGGACUCAAAGGACCUAUCGUGUCCAACGUAAAAGCUUUGCUAACACCACCGCCGCUCAGAGAAUCACGAGUCAAUGGCGAAUAUAUUCAUCAUGACGAAGUUCGAGCUGCAAUGGGAGUCAAAAUCGCAGGGUUAAAUCUUCAAGAUGCAAUUGCCGGAAGCUCGCUAUACGUCAGUGACAACCCAGAAAAAAUUGAGCAAUAUAAGAAAAUUCUGCAAUCUGAUGUUGACAGCAUUGUGCAAUCCAUUGAAAAAUCUUCUCACGGAGUUUAUGUUGUUGCUAGUAGUUUAGGCUCGCUCGAAGCUCUUUUAGACUUUUUGAAAAACUCGAGUAUUCCUGUUAACAAUGUUUCAAUUGGCACAGUUCACAAGCUUGACGUAGUUAAAGCAAGCACUAUGAUUGAACGUGGCUACAAAGAAUACGCAGUGAUUCUUGCUUUCGAUGUAAAAAUCGAUCCAGAAGCUUUACAAGAAGCAGCCAACCUUGGAGUAACGAUUUUCAAAGAAGAUAUCAUUUAUCAUCUUUUCGAUAAAUACACAAUGCACAUUGAAAAUUACCGAGCGCAACUUAAAGAAGAAAACCGUAAACAUUUCGUAACACCUGUUAUUAUGAAAAUGCUGCCAGGUUUAGUUUUCAACUACAAGAAUCCAAUGAUAUUUGGUGUCGAAGUUCAGGAAGGUGAACUUAUUCCAGGUACGCCUAUUUAUUGUCCAUCCAAAAAACUUCCUCUAGGUACUUUAGAUUCCAUAGAACAUGAACGUAAAACGGUAUUAUCAGCGACAAGAGGAAUGCAAGUUGCCGUUAAGUUUUCAGAAUCAUCUCUUGAAAUCAAAAAAGACAUUCAAGAUGAUGAAGUCUUGGUUUCGUAUUUAACCAGACAAAGCAUCGAAGUUGGGAAAACUUACUUCACUGAUGAAGUAAAAAAACACCUUAAGUUAUUCUUGAAGUUGAAAUCCAUACUGAACAUCACAUGA